UCUAGAAAUUGACUGAAUUUAAAAGUACUGUGAAAAUAAUACAAGCAAAAAUCAUAGGUAUUAUAGGAAAAAUGGAAAAAAUUGAUGAAAUGAAAGAUGGUUUUCAUAAACGUCUUGCGCCUGGAAUGACGAAAGAAAGACUCAGAGAAAUAUGCAAGCAAAAUAAAUUGUACAUUAUCCCUCGACACAAUGAUGUUUUAUAUCUCCAUUUUAAAGGAUUUUCAAAGAUUGAAAACUUGGAAGAAUAUACUGGGCUAAAAUGUCUGUGGAUAGAAAAUAAUUGCCUAACAAACAUUUCUGGACUCGAAAAUCAAACAGAGCUUGUCGGUUUGUACAUGCACAACAACGCCAUCUCCAAAAUCGAAAAUCUCGAUUGCUUGAUUAAACUUAACACGUUAAAUUUGAGCCAUAAUUUUGUUAAAAUUAUUGAAAACUUAGAUCACUUGCGGGACCUUAAUUCGUUGAUUAUGUCUCACAACAAACUUUCUACAGCGAGCGACAUUGCUCAUUUGGCUAGCUGUAAAACCUUGUCUAUACUUGAUCUUUCAUAUAACUACUUAGACGAUCCAGAAAUCGUCGAUGUAUUUACUAACAUGGAAUCUUUGCGUGUUUUGUCUUUAACUGGAAAUAGUGUGAUUUCAAAAAUAAAAAAUUAUCGAAAAACAUUAACUAUAAAAUGUAAAGAACUUCGUAAUCUGGACGAAAGACCAAUAUUCAAAAAGGACCGUUUGUGCGCAGAAGCUUGGAGUACGGGCGGGAUCGAAGCGGAACAAGCCAUGAGAACCAAAUUAAAUCAAGAUGAACAAAAAGUUAUUUCGGAUUCCGUACGCGCGAUAAUGAGUAUGCGUCGAAAUAGGAAUGUACAAAUUACUCCAUCGGCCUCUGGGGACAGCGGCUAUCAGGAAGGUGUCGACGGGAGAGAUUCUACCGACAGCCUGAUCGUGUCUAAAGACUAUUACGACGAAUGCGAUUCUUCGGACGACGACUCCGCCGAUGACGGAUCGCCCACCAAAGCCGCGAUUCCAUUGGUAUGCGAAAUCGUCAAUAAUAACGACGGCGAAGACGACUCUACCGACAAUUUUUUGACACGCGAGAACAGUACCGAUAACGAAGUUUUAAGCGAUUUCGAGAGUGACGUAGUAGAUCGUCAGCGUGAUCGAAUAGAAGAAUCGAGUACUUGCACUGCCACAGUAGACUGUGGCAGCGGAAGACAAGAAGACAUCGAUGGUUGCUAUCCCUCAGUCAUCGGUAUUGUAAACGAUAGUAACGAAUCUGCAGAACGAUUGGACGAAAAAUGCGAACACUCCGUUGACAGUAAAGCCGACACGUUUGAUAGCGAAGUGGUGAAUAUCGCCGUAGCAAACAAUACUGAACCAUCUCUCAAACAGUGUACCGAUGACCUUUUAAGUUCAAACGACUCAACCGAACUGGUCAUUGAACGUACCAAAAACAAGUUUGAUUCUGUAGAGACAAUUCACGUCAAUGCCGAAAUAAAUUCAGACGAAAAUGAAAAAUGUGUAAAGACAAAUUUGGAUUUCAACGAUGACAAGAAUAGUAACGAAAACUAUAAUAAUAAUAACGUAAUAAAUAAUCAUUAUCGAAGUUUCGGUGGAUCAAUCGAAAUUAACAAAACAAUAAUGAUUAACAUCAAAAACGAUUCUGAAACAUUUAAAAGCGAUUUAAAAAAAGGCGUCGAAUGUUUACCUACAUUAUGUUCGGAACAAAGUAUUAACACUUCGCAAAUCUUAUGCGCAAAAAAGCUGUAUACCCUUGAUAUAAUUGAUCAUAAUAGUGUCGAAGAAGAAUCGGGUUCAUCUACAACCUGCAAAUCUGAUCAAAAUCAAAUCCAAGAAACUCCAAUUCGACUUCCAUGGCUGUUACCAUCUCAAACAGAAGAAGAGUAUUACAUUAAAAAAAGUUCUGAAUAAAAUAAUCACAAACUGAAGAAAAAUAUGCAAAUUUUUUUAUAAUAUAUUACAAUUAUAUAUUGGUUCUAGAGCUUUGAUUAAUUUUGUGGUUACUAAAAUAUUUUAUUUGUAUAUGGUUAUCUCAUACUGCGUAUAUAAUGAACACUGACUUAUUGCUAUACCUACCUAGCUAUUACUUAAAAGUGCAAGUCUUGUGAUUUCAAUAUUAUGAGUUGUUAUUAAACUUUAUUAUUUAAAAAAUGCAAUCAAUAGAAAAAUUUGUCUACAUGUUACUUUAUAAAUUUUAAAUGCAAAUCAAUCGUCAUGGUCUUGAUCUUCCCUCAUUUCCAAUGAUUCCGUGAAUUUCUUUCAAUUGUUUCUAUAAAUUGGGUUUAUUAUUAUUAUUAUUAUUAUUAUUUUAAUGAAACUGUAUCAAUAUAAUAAUAAUGGUAUGCACGGUUAUAC